GUAAAAAUGCCAAAGGACAAGAAGAAAGACGAAGUGACAGAGGUUGAGCAUGUCGAUCGGAAUAUUUCGUCGUUUUCUCAAAUUUCACAUCUCAUCGAUGCGGAAAUCAUCACUCGUCUCACUUUGAGCCACAACAAGCUCACUUCAGUACCACCAAAUAUUGCGGAUUUGGUCAGUCUUCAGUCCCUGAAUUUGUGGAAUAACCAAAUCGAGGAUCUACCUCCAUCGAUUUCAUCUCUUCCAAAACUUCGAAUUCUUAACGUCGGAAUGAACAAGCUGUCGAUUCUGCCACGUGGAUUCGGAUCCUUCCCAGAGCUGGAAAUUCUUGAUUUGACCUACAACAAUUUGAGUGAACGAUCAUUGCCUGGAAACUUUUUCUUUAUGCAAACCCUCCGCGCCUUGUACCUCGGAGACAAUGAUUUCGAAAUGCUCCCCGGAGACGUCGAAAAUCUUACAAAUUUGCAAAUCCUCGUGCUCCGUGAAAACGAUUUGCUCACUCUUCCAAAAGAGCUGGGAAAGCUGACACGUCUCCGUGAGCUUCAUAUUCAGGGAAAUCGUCUGGCUAUGAUUCCACCAGAGCUCGGAAAUUUGGAGUUGGUCGGGUCAAAGCAGGUGCUCAGAUUGGAGCACAAUCCAUUUAUUCCGAGAAUUGAGGAGCAAUUCGAGGCCAACGGAGCCGCCGGAGUCUGGGCUCACAUCAGAACUGACGACUAUCGAUAUUUCUUCGGUCGUCAGGAACCAUCGUCAACUCCAGUUCCACCAAAAAGAAAUAAGGAGAAGAAAGUAUCGAGAAAAGGAAUUCAACAAGCCUAAAAUUGCCAUUUCAACCCAAAAAAUUUUUUGACCUACUCAUGGUGCUGCCUAAAUAAUGCUUUACUUUGUUCAAUAUUGAAUUGAAUUCAAUCAUUUAAUUGUGCCUUUUUACACUGCAAAUAAGAAAUACUAAUAAAAUUCUAUCGAGACAAAA